AUGCCCGGUUCGCGGCGGAGCCUCUUCGCCAAUACUUGCAUUGCAACUGUUGGUGGUGCGUGCUGUGGGCGAGACGCCUGGGCGGCCAAUGUGCCCUACUGUGAAGAGCAUGCGGGCCAUGGCGACCCCAGCUGCAUGGUCCGGGAGAUCCCUCGUGUGGGCAAGAUCCUGGUCGCUGCACGACCGCUACCCAAGGGCUACCGGCUGGCAUGGUGGGGACGCUGCUGUCGAAAGGCCGAGGCAAAGGACCUUAGCCGCUGCUUUGAGUUGUCGCACAGGCCGGGCUGGGUCAUCGAUCCGACCGACCACCCGGGGAGUCUGCUGCAGUACUGCGCUGCCCCGGGCCCAAGCGAGGCCAGCACCCUGGCGUGCACCACGAAGAUCCACACCGCCGGCGGUGCGGGAUUCGGAUGUUGGUUCUUCCAGACACGGCACUGCGUCGCCAAAGGCGAGCAACUUCUGAUGCCGUACAACAAACGUUUCUUCGAGGAGAGAGGUCUCCAGCGUGUCAAUGUGGGGACCUCAGAGUACCCUGCGCGGCCACGGCGUGGCCACGAGGCGAAGGCUGGAUCCACACACGUCGAUGAUCAAGGUCCUCCGGACGAAUCCAGCCCGGUGAUGCCAGAGCCACAAGAGCCUGCGCAGGCGCCUGGCCAUGGGAGGCCGUCAGUGGCCUUGCUGAAACGCAAAGCGCGACACCAGCCAGGUUUCGCAGACGAGGACGAUGAAGGCGCGACGGGUGGCUGUCACUGUGGGGGAGAGGAGUCUCAGUCACCCGCGAAGCGAGGGUUCCGAGACGGCUGGAGUGAGCAAAAAGACGCCCUUAGGGUUGGGAGGUUUCAGGAUUUCUCGAAGCACCUCCCAGUGAUCCAGUCGUAG